AUGUCAUUCUGGAUCGAGACAGAAGACUGGCAUACUGCCGGCGAACCCUUCCGUAUCGUCCAAUCCCUCCCGGCAGGAUAUCUUCCCGAGGGCGAGACUGUCGCUCAACGCCGCCUUGCCGUCAUUAGCACCUCAAAUCACCCUCUUGAUCAACUUCGACAAUCUCUAUGUCACGAACCCCGCGGUCAUGCUGAUAUGUAUGGAGGUUUUAUAACGCCGCCGAAUGAUCCCGGUGCUCACUUCGGCGUCUUGUUCUGGCACAAAGAUGGCUUCUCAACAGCGUGCGGACAUGGGACCAUAGCUUUGGGGUAUUGGGCUGUCACAAAGGGUCUUGUUAAAGCGCCCGAAAAGGGGACUGUUGAUGUCGUUAUUGAUGUACCUUCCGGGAGGGUUACCGCGAAGAUUGCCGUGAAGGAUGGAAAGCCGGUUCAUGGCGACUUUAUCAACGUCAAGAGUUACCAGAUUGCCAAGGACUUAUCUGUCAAUUUGCCAUCACGAGGUAUCGAUGUCAAGGUCAAUCUCUCAUUCGGAGGAGCUGUCUACGCUACUAUAGACGCUGCUCAGCUAGGCCUCAAGGUUGAACCAAGCCAGUACAUCAGCUUCAUCAACCUUGGACGCGAGAUCAAAGCUUCUCUGGGCACUAGAGCACAUUACGAAACAUAUGAUCUAUACGGUGUCAUAUUCUUCAACGAUGAAGGUACUGGACCAGCUGGAGAGAUACUCCAGCGCAACGUCACUGUCUUUGCAGAUGGCCAGAUCGAUCGCUCACCCUGUGGCUCAGGCACAGCUUCAAGAGUAGCAGUGCUUUUGGCCGAAGGAAAAUUGGGAGCUGGAAAGUCAAAGCUUUUGCAUCGAUCUAUUAUUGAUACGGUAUUUGAAGCAGAUAUUAUUUCUGAGGAGGAGAGUCCUGUCGAGUUUCCGGCUUGUAUUCCGAGAGUGAGAGGAACGGCUAACUUGGUCGGGAGGAUGAACUUCUUUAUCGAUCCAGAGGACAGAGUAUUCCCAGGGUUUCUUCUGAGGUAA